AAUAAAAAUGCAUACAAAGGUGUACGUUUCCGAAGACCGCACAAAAGUAUUCGUGCUUUUCUAUGAAGCAGCAUGCGUAUUUUCAAAUUUCUAUCCCUCCGGCUUUGAGGCUAAACCUGUUGAGAAUUUUUUGAAAGAUACGGAGAAAAAGGAGAAGCUGCUGAAAUUCACUUGUAGUGAGCAAUAUUUCAUGUACAAUAAGGCGUUGCUAGUUGGGGACAUGGACAUCGCAGAGCAGAUUUUGAAGGAAACUAAUCCAAUGAAGAUGAAGCUGCUGGGAAGAAAGCUGAGCAUGACAAAGGAGCAAUUGAAAUUAUGGUCUCAAAAAUCAAAGGAUGUAAUGUACCGCGCAUGUUUGGAGAAGUUUUCUCAAAACGAAGAUUGUCGGAUGAUCUUGUUCCGUACCCAUGGAAUGAAACUUGUGGAGGCCUCACCAACCGAUAAAAUUUGGGGAAUUGGUCUUGACAAAGCAGACCAGCGGUGUGAAGAUGAACGAAACUGGAGAGGAUCGAACUGGCUUGGAGAAGUUUUGGAUCAAGUCCGAGAAGAACUGUGGACGAGGCAGGAGUUCAAGUCUAACAGAGAGCAGAUUCUAAAGGAGAGCCUGGAAACUAGAUGCCAAAUUUUGGAGCAUUUCUCACAUUAACUUAUCAAUUUUUAUGGAGAGACAAAAAGUUUUGAGUUUUGGCCAAAUUAAAAUUUAAAUGUCCACGAUUUUGUGAAGGUUUUGCACGAUGGAAUAAAGAGUUU